AUGUCACCAGAAGUGAAGUUUCACUUAAGAUCUAAGCUGAGAAGAAGAAGAUUCAAGACCAGUUGGUCAAAGCAGAACAAGUUUAUGUUCAAGGAUGAGUGCAUCAAAUCCGGAAGAGAAUCUAGGUCGAUUCUUCAACAUCUCCCUUCCGAGUUGGUCAAGUCUAAACUCUUAUUCUUAUUUCAGGAGUCACCACAACCGAGAACUCCAUUCCACGGCGUUGGAAGAACUGUAGCCGAACCAGACUGUGUCUCUACUGAGCCACCAAUUUCAUCCGACUCACUAACCACUACACUGCCACCAUCAGUGGACCUAGUGUUAGAUCCCGCAGCGCCAACAACCUUGAUCCAUUUCAGGCUAGCAGACGGCACACGUUUGGUCUCCCGGUUUAAUACUCAUCACACCGUUAGAGACGUCCGAGGUUUCAUAGACGCGUAUAGACCAGGUGGCUCCAAAGACUACCAAUUACUCAUCAUGGGAUGUCCUCCUAAACCACUACCUGAUUUUGACCAAACCCUCGAGAAUGCUGGCAUCUACAACUGUGUCAUCAUCCAGAAAUUCUAG